AUGACUGGAACAGGAGCUGCACCCGCCGGUGGUCCUGCUGGCAAUUACGGGGGACAACAACCCCAUCGAUCAUACGAAGAACGGGCCGCUGCCCGAGAGCAGAUGAUGAGCAACAUUCGAGAGACGUCCCAGCAGGACCGCCGCGUCUAUGUCGGCAACCUCUCAUAUGACGUCAAGUGGCAUCACCUCAAGGACUUCAUGAGACAGGCUGGAGAGGUACUCUUUGCCGAUGUACUAUUGCUUCCAAAUGGAAUGUCGAAGGGAUGCGGAAUUGUGGAAUAUGCUACAAGGGAGCAAGCUCAGCAGGCUGUUGCUCAACUCAGCAACCAGAACCUAAUGGGUCGCCUUGUCUACGUUCGAGAGGUUGUGUGGCUUUCUAUUUUUUUUCAUCAUCAGGAUCGUGAAGCUGAACCUCGAUUCAUCGGUGCCACGGGUACCAGCUCCCGCGGCGGAUAUGGAGGUGGCAUGCCCGGAGGAGGAUUCAACGCUGGAUAUUCUGGCGGUCCGCCCGGUGGCGGCGCUGGUGGAGGCGGCGGCGGCGGCCGUCAAAUCUACGUUGCUAACCUCCCCUACAAUGUCGGUUGGCAGGACUUGAAGGACCUCUUCCGACAGGCAGCCCGAAUCGGUGGAGUGAUGCGUGCCGAUGUGCACGUUGGCCCCGAUGGCAGACCCAAAGGCUCAGGAAUUGUCGUCUUUGAGAGCCCCGAUGACGCACGAAGCGCUAUCCAACAGUUCAACGGCUACGACUGGCAAGGCCGCCUGCUUGAAGUUCGCGAGGACCGCUUUGCUGGCGGCGGCGGCGGCAUGGGCUUCGGCGGCCGUGGAGGAUACGGCGGCGGAAUGCGUGGUGGUUUUGGCGGCGGUUUUGGAGGUCGCGGCGGCUUCGGUGGUCGCGGAGGCUUCGGCGGCGGCUUCGGCGGACGUGGGGGCUUUGGCGGCGGCGGCGUUGGACCUGGUGCAGGUGCCGGAGGUGGUGGCGACUUUGGUGCUGCCGCUCCGCCAACCGUACUCCCCAAUCCCUUUACCGACAAUGCAACCGCUGGCACGGAAAGAGGCGAGAUCAUAUACGUUCGAAAUCUGCCUUGGUCGACAAGCAAUGACGAUCUGGUGGAGCUGUUUACGACUAUUGGCAAGGUGGAACAGGCCGAGAUUCAGUAUGAGCCCAGCGGCAGAUCUCGAGGUACCGGCGUGGUUCGUUUUGACUCUGCCGAAACUGCUGAGACGGCAAUCGCCAAAUUCCAGGGCUAUCAGUAUGGUGGCCGACCGCUCAACUUGAGCUUCGUCAAAUACCUGAACCAGGCCGGAAAUGACAGCAUGGAAACCGACGCUCAUGCUGGCUUGACACAGGACCAGAUUAUGUAA